AUGGGGAUGCAGGGGGAUGAGAAGAAUGAGCUAAUGAGUAGUGCAAGAAGAAAAGAGAUUGGACGUGCAUGCAUGUUGAGCACAGAAGUAGGAGCUGUUCUGGCUGCGAUUCGUCGAAAAAAUGAAUCACAUCCUCAUUAUUUCUCCCAGGAAGAUUGCUAUGAUACUUCUAUUCUUCAAUCAUUGAAAUCCUUGAGGACACUCAUCUUUAGUCCUCAGCAGGCUUGGGGGACUAUUGACCCUUCUAUUUAUUUGUCCCCCUUUCUUGAUGUCGUCGAAAGUGAUGAUGUUCCAGCACCUGCAACAGCUGUGGCUCUGGCUGCCAUCACCAAGAUUUUCAGGAAUAAUGUGUUUGAUGAGAAGACCCCGGGGGCUAAACACGCGAUGGCAGGGGCUGUGACAGCAAUCACCAGCUGCAGGCUGGAGAAAACAGACAGUGCCUGUGAAGAUGCAGUUAUGAUGAGAAUUUUGUAUGUUCUGACAGAGCUUGUUAGGCAUCCUGCUUCAGUUUUGUUGACUGAUCACGCGAUUUGUACCAUUGUGAAUACGUGUUUUCAGGUUGUGCAGCAGUCUGCAAAUCGAGGGGACUUGCUCCAACGCAGUGCAAUGUUCACCAUGCAUGAACUAGUCCAGAUCAUUUUUGCAAGAUUGCCUGAUCUUGAUGUCAGAGAUGGGGGGAAUUCAGAAUCAGAUGAUGAAGAAAUCUACGAUAACAGAUAUGGGAUUCGCUCUGCAGUUGAUAUCUUCCAUUUCUUGUGCUCAUUGCUUAAUGUGGUUCAAGUUUAUCAUGUGGAGUAUGAAACAGGACAAGGUACAAUGCCUCGCCAGUCUUUGGACGAAGAUGUGCAGCUCUUCGCCCUUGUUUUGAUCAAUUCAGUUGUUGAAUUAAGUGGUGACAGUAUUAUGAAUCAUCCAAAACUUUUGAGGAUGGUUCAGGAUGAUCUUUUCCAUCACUUGAUUCACUAUGGAACGCGAUGUACUCCAUUAAUUCUGUCCAUGAUUUCAAGUAUUGUACUCAAUAUCUAUCACUUCCUUCGCAGAUCAGUUCGUCUUCAGCUAGAGGCGUUCUUCUCAUUCGUGUUGUUGAGAGCAGCAAGUCUGGGGAAUCCAGUCCAAGUGCAAGAAGUAGCCAUUGAAGGAAUCAUAAACUUUUGUAGGCAGCCUACUUUUAUCACUGAGGCCUAUGUAAAUUAUGACACUCACCCAAUGUUUCGCAAUAUUUUUGAAGAUUUGGGGAAGUUGCUGUGCAUGCACUCGUUUCCAGCUAACGGUCCUCUCACAAGUUUACAGGUCCAGGCUUUUGAAGGCUUGAUAAUCACUCUUCAGAACAUUGCUGACAGUGUGGAUAAGGAAGACAGUUCAAGUCCUUUGGGAGAAUACCCUAUUGAAGUUUCCGAGUAUAGGCCUUUCUGGGAAGAGAGACCUGCUAAUGGCUCAGAGAGUUGGGUGGACUUUGUGAGAAAAAGAAAGGCACAAAAGAGAAAGAUAACGAUUGCAAGUAACCAUUAUAAUCGCGAUGAAAAGAAAGGUUUGGAUUAUUUGAAAGUUUCACAUUUGGUUUCGGAUCCUCCUGUUGCUAAGGCAUUUGCUAUGUUCUUUAGGUUCACUCCUGGGCUAGAUAAAACCAUGAUUGGAGAUUAUCUUGGUGACCCUAGUGACUUUCAUCUUCAAGUUCUAAAAGAUUUUACAGAGACUUUCGAGUUUACUGGUAUGGCUCUUGACAGUGCUCUUAGGACUUAUUUAGAGUCAUUUCGAUUGCCAGGAGAGUCACAAAAGAUCCACAGAAUAAUUGAGGCCUUUUCUAAUCAGUACUAUGAUCAUCAAACUUCAGAUACUUUCCAGGAUGGGGAGGUUGUUCUCGUGCUUUCCUACUCCCUCAUUAUGCUCAACACAGAUCAACAUAACCCUCAAGUGAAAAAGAAGAUGACAGAAGAUGAGUUUAUAAGGAACAAUAGAGCAAUCAAUGGUGGAAAAGAUCUUCCAAGAGAGUACUUAUCUGAGCUUUUCCACUCUAUUGCAACAAAAGAAAUUACAGUUUUCGGACAAAAUGGCAUGACACUUGAGAUGAAUCCAAACAUUUGGAUCCAGCUUAUAAACCGGUCAAAAAAGAUGAAAUCUUUCAAAGUGUGUGAUACAGAUCGCGAUCUGGGAAGAGAUAUGUUUGCUGUUAUAGCUGGCCCUUCAGUUGCAACUCUUUCAGCAAUAUUUGAACAUACUGAAGAUGAAGGAAUGUUGCAUGAAUGUACUGAAGGCCUGUUUUCGAUAGCCAGAAUUUCUCAACAUGGCCUUGAAGAUACUCUUGAUGAACUCCUGGCUUCCUUAUGCAAAUUUACCACCCUUUUGAAUCCAUAUGCAUCUGCUGAUGAAACCUUAUAUGGCUUCAGCAAUGACAUGAAACCCAGAAUGGCAACCCUGGCAGUUUUCGCGAUAGCCAACAGUUUCAAGGAAUCUAUCAGAGGGGGCUGGAGGAACAUUGUUGACUGUCUUUUAAAACUUAAAAGGCUUAAACUACUUCCCCCAAAUGUCGUUGAUCCUGAUAAUGUCAUCGAGUCUUCUGAUUCUGUAGCAGAUGAAGAUUCCGAAUCACCAGGGCAACGAGGCCUGGUAGGCAGAUUCUCACAUUUCCUUUCAAUGGAAAGCGUUGAAGAAUCCUUACACCUUGGCCUAAGUGAAUUCGAACAGAAUCAGAAAGUCAUCCAACAAUGUCGAAUUGGAUACAUCUUCAAUAACAGUUCAAGUCUAUCAAACGAUGCAAUGCAGAAUCUUGGGCGUUCCCUCAUAUUCGCGGCUGCAGGCAAAGGCCAAAAGUUUAGUACACCUGUGGAGGAAGAAGAAACUGUUGCACUCUGUUGGGAUUUACUCCUCACUACAACACUGGCUAAUGUUAACAGGUUUGCAACAUUCUGGCCUAAUUACCAUGAUUAUCUUCUCACAGUAGCUCAGUUUCCGAUGUUCUCUCCAAUUCCAUUCGUAGAGAAGGGAAUCAUAGCACUCAUUAAGGUUAGUAGCAAAAUCCUAGCAACAUACAGACCAGAGAAACAAUCCGAAGAGCUCGUCUUUACAUCAAUCAACUUGAUGUGGAAACUGGAAAAGGAAAUACUCGACACGUGUUUUGAGCCUCUAACAAAACAAAUGAGUAAAAUUCUUACUGAGCACCCCGGGAACAUACAAACACAACUAGGCUGGAAAUCAUUGCUUCAUCUGUUAUCAAUCACAGGGCGCCACCAAGAAACGUAUGAGCAGGCAGUAGAGGCCCUCAUCUUUCUGAUGUCAGACGGUACUCACAUCUACCGGACUAACUACAUUUACUGCAUUGAUUGUGCUUUUGGUUUCGUCGCCCUCAGAAACAGUCCAGUUGAGACCAACAAGAAGAUCAUGGACUCGAUGGCAGAGUCUGUCAAGAAUCUGGUUCAAUGGUACACCAGUGGAUAUUCAGAUCCAGGAAGUAGCACCAGCACUUCAUCAGCAGACGAUAGCUCCAGAGCUUUGGCUUCUUCAAACUUCACUGUCAACUUGUUUGUGAGGCUUGGGGAGGCUCUUCGAAAGACCAGUUUAGCACGAAGAGAAGGGAUACGAAACCAUGCAAUUGCUUCUCUGCAGAGAAGCUUCACCUUAGCCGAGGAACUAUACUUCUCACCCUCUAACAUCAUAAACUGCUUUAAUCUUGUGCUUUUCGCGAUGGUUGAUGACUUGCAUGAAAAAAUGCUGGAGUACUCAAGGAGGGAGAAUGCAGAGAAGGAAACACGGAGCAUGGAAGGCACGUUGAAGCUUUCGAUGGAGCUCCUGACAAACGUUUACUUGCAGUUCUUGAAGCCAAUAUCAGAGAGCCCUGGAUUCAAGACCUUCUGGUUAGGAAUCUUGAGAAGAAUGGACACUUGUAUGAAAGCCGACUUGGGAGUCUACGGUGUUCCAGAUUUGCAGCAAAUAGUACCCGAUUUGUUGAGAAAGAUUAUUGUAGCAAUGAAGGAGAAAAAUUUAUUAGUGCCAACAGAAGGUGAUGAUCUGUGGGAGAUUACUUAUAUUCAGAUACAAUGGAUUGCUCCAUCUGUAAAAGAUGAAUUGUUCCCUGAUGUUUAA